UAAGUGAUCGAUUAUACCUGUAUCUCUCGCGUAGCUCACUUAGAGAAAAUAUAUAUAUGUAUAAUAAAAGCCGGUGAAAACACUUCAGACUCUAUGACACGAGACUGGCAUUGAUGCCGAUACAGCUCAGUUGCAUUAUUGUAUCGAAGAGGCAGACAUCGAACGCUGGUGAAAGUAGUAUGCUGCUUAGGAAUGUAUAAAAUCGUCAUCUUGUCAAUGAAUCAUUGUCCAUACUGCCACACAUUCAGUGAAUUUUACACGUGACGAAGAAAAUAGUGUAAUUAGAUAAAGACCGAAGAAACCCUGGAAGCUUUAACCUAAAACGCUAAUCCUUUAAUCCGGGGAGGUUAAUCUGCAUUUGCAACUUUUAAAUCCAUUUUAAUUUUUAAUCCGUACAUAUAUAGACUUUAAUGAGCAGUAAACAAGAAAAUGGCGAGUUGUGAAGUUUGUCUCGUUCUUUUGCUAUCGUUAUUCUGUGUAUCUCAAGGAUACUUACUGAUAACAAACCCGAAGGUUGCUCAAAAGACUUAUUUUUCUGACAAUGAUUUUCGGAUAACUUGUUCUUUUACCGACAAUAUUUCUGAUCAAAUCAGAGGCCAAGUUUUAGAAAGCUUUCAAGCGGUAGUGGAAGUUUCAUCGGAGUACAAAAAGAGUUCCAAUUCAUCAUGGACACUGUAUCUAUUGUGUCCAAAUUUAAGUUCUGUGAACUUCAAACUGUCACCCAUUACACGGGUGAAACAGAAUGGGAAUAUGACUGAAUACUACCUUGAAUUUUCUCCACAAGACAUUCACAUCUUGGAUUGUUUGAAAACAGGGGGUUUGAAUCUGACUGUUUCUUUGUAUGACGAAAAUAUAAAACCAAACACAGUUAAUGGGGGAUAUCCUUUUUCUUUUCAAAGAUUGGAGGCUAAUUUUAUAGCGCCUGACUGCGACUUCAGCACGAGUUCCUGUUUUUCCUGGACGACGAAUGGCUCCAUGGUUCACCGCGAUUCCUGCAAAACAAGCGAUUUUUGUGAUGACGUACCAAGACCCAAGAAUAAUCUGUCCUUCACAGUGGCACAUGAGGAACAGAGAACUCAUUGGCGAUCACGUAACAUAUAUGGAACCGGAACCAACUGUUCUCUAAACAUUCUGAUGACUGCCUACGCUACUACUUACGUCACGGUAUCCAUCAAUUCAUCAAAGGGGUCAACCCCCUUAAUGCGAAAACACUUCAAUUCUGAAAAAAUGAACUGGACUGUUGUUAGAAUUCCGAUUGGCAGGGUGGACGAACUGUUUCAACUUACUGUCUGUAUACAUGCACUAUACAUAGCGGCAAUCCAAAGGAUCUGGCUAGCAAAUUGCGUGGAAAUAAAAGAAAUGCCACAGUGCAGUGAUAACGAGUUCCGAUGCGCUACUGGUAAAUGUAUCCCUAAGGACAGAGUAUGCGACUUAAACCCGGACUGUCCUGUACAAGAUGACGAAGAUAGGGGAUUCUGCGAUAGAAAUAACUACCGAGAUUUCUGUGAUGUGGACAACAACAGAUGUAACUGGACUCAGAGUCCCAAUUGUCCGUUUCAUAGAGAAAAUGUUAUCGAGUACAAUGUCGCCAAGUAUUACAAGUACUGUCAUAAUGGCGGGACAGACUUUGCCCUAUUUACUGAUAAAUGUAAAAAGGGGGAAUCUUCCAAAAUGAUAAGCCCAGUGAUGCAGCCAUUCAACGCUUCUAAGGACUGUAGGUUGCGGUUUUGGUAUAUUGCAGACUUUGAUAAAAUAAGUGUUUCCGUCUGCUCUAACGAAUCGAAGUGUGAGCUUGUGAAAAUGUUUAAAAGUUAUACCGCUGAGUUGGAAUGGCAACGAGCAUCUGUUGAUUUACCACAUCGAUAUCAACCAUACCAUGUGGUAUUACAAGGAUCCCUUGCGCCUAGCGGUGGUAUUGUAGCCUUGGACCAAAUAAGUUUUACACCUGACUGCUUUACAACGUCAGACGAAUGGAUAGCACCGCACAUGGAAGAGGUGUCUACUCAGGUGGAGGUAGAUAACAGUUCUAGUUAUAUGCUGACAAUUCUCGGUAUUGGGGCUGGUAUUGUCGUUGCUAUGGUUACUGCUGUGAUCAUAUUCUCAGUUUUCAAGAAGAGGCGAAAUCUCAAGGAUGAAAGUCUUCGGAAUAUACUUCCGGUGUCAACAUCUACAACUUCCACCGGGAUAGACGGGAAGUGUUCUAUUCCGGUAGACAUAUCUGACGCGUCGUCAGGUGACAGCGAGCACCACAGCCUCGUUCCCAGUAAUCUGGCUGUGUCUCAUAUCUCGCCAUACUACGAGUGGACCGAGGACAAGAUUAGAGAUAUACCUAGAAAGAAUAUCAAACUUGUUAGACUUCUCGGUAAGGGUGCGUUCGGAGAGGUCUAUUACGGAAUACUAGCCGACGUAUCGCGUCUUAGAAGGGAUUUACCAAUAGCUGUCAAGAAAUUACCAACUUUAUGUGCCGAACAAACUAAAGCAGAGCUUUUUUUCGAAGCUAUAACUUUAAGUAAAUUUAACCACCCAAACAUCGUUCGCUUUCUUGGAAUCUCUACUGAUGAUCAUGAUCGCUCAAUGUAUCUAUUGCUGGAAUUAAUGGAGGGCGGAGAACUCAGGACCUUUAUAAGGGAAUCAAGACCAAAGCAGCCUCAUGAGCCAUCCUAUCUGACUUUACAUGAUCUACUGAAGUUAGGAAUAGAUGUAGCCAGGGGUUGUCACUACUUAGAACAAAACAAAUUCAUUCACCGGGAUAUUGCUGCAAGAAACUGUCUUCUGACUGAAAAAGGUCCCAAUCGUGUGGCCAAGAUAGGUGAUUUUGGAAUGGCAAGGGAUGUACUAAGAACCAAUUACUACAGAAAAAAUGGCCGAGCAAUGGUUCCGGUGAAAUGGAUGCCCCCAGAAAGCUUUCUUGACGGGAUAUUUACGUCUAAAACUGAUGUCUGGGCAUUUGGUGUAGUUUUAUGGGAGCUGUUUUCAAUGGGUCACGUGCCAUAUCCCGGAAAAUCUAAUGGUGAAGUUAUGAAAUAUGUAAAGGGAGGAGGGAGACUCGAGAAACCUCCUUUAUGUCCAUAUCAAAUUUAUGGCUUGAUGUUACGUUGCUGGCAAGUUGAUGCGGACAUCCGCCCUAAUUUUACUGGUAUUGUGGAAGAACUUAAUAGAAUUCUUAAUGAAGAAGAAAUAUCGUCAUUGAUAACUUAUGAAGACAUAAUGGGUAUACAGUCGAACACGUGUGACCAAGAUCAAGUGACUUCUGGAAGUGUGACUUAUGCUGAGGACAUUAAACAUAGCAUGGCUGAUACAAAGCUGCUUUCUGAAAUUGACAGUCAUGACAGUGAUUAGCCUAACAGAAUCGAAUGUCCUCAUAAGCCGUAACUUACCAUCAUCAAACUAAAUGCAUAGUUAUUAAUUAUGAUGCACUUAUCACUAUCUUCAUUAGGCAGCUUUCAUAUCUCUAUCAUUAUUUUUAUGAUAUUUUUUAAUUGUUUUGUUUGAAUGGUAGAAGAAAAUGUAAACCUUUGUAAAGUCAGUAAGCUUGCGGUGGAGAGAGAGGGGGGAGAGAGAGAGAGCACCCAUAUCUGUGAUAAAUUUUAAUUUUUAAAGGGCAAACUAUUUGCAUGUCAUUUUAUUUCACCUGAGUUGGAGGCUUAAGUGAGUUUUUUCUGAUAAAAUUUGUCUGAUGUCUGUGGUACGUUGUCUUUGGUCUUAUUGUUUACUUUCACAAUUUCUCCCUUUCAUCCAAAUUCUCUUGACCAAUUUUAACCAAACUUAAUUUAAAACAGGGCAUCAUCGAUGUAGGCGUUUCAAUUUUUUAAAUGAAUAACUACAUUCUUUUUUGUCUUUUCAAGAUAGUCUCAAUAAACACUGGGCCAGAAAAGAUGAAACUUUUGUAAAAACUUCUGAAGCUUAAAGCGUGUUUAGGCUAUUGUGGGGCCCCCAUAGACAUUUUAAGUUGAACAUGAGAAUAAAAAGGAAUAUAUUUUUUCUUAUAAUUCUGCUUCGAACUGUAUAUCAGAGAUUAUCUUUUUAGAGAAAGAUAAUCAAGUACAUGUAGCAUGUAUUUAAGUUUGUUCAACUCAUAACACACAAGAUAGGGUAGGACCAAAAUCAGUUUUCAUUUAUAGCGGGAAUAUCAGGUGAUAGAAAACAACAAAGUCAUAGUCAUUUAGGUGAGCCAUGUGACCCAUGAACCUCUUGUUUUAACUUUCAUGUCAUUAGAAAUAGUUCUUUGUCAUUCAAUCUAUUGUUUAUAUUGUUAUUGCUUAAACAAGCAGUAUAAUUUUAUAAAUUCAGGAUUUUUAAGGAUAACGGGCAAAACUGUUGGAAUCCCUCAAAGUGGUUCGUUUCAAUCCUGGAUCUGGUAACUGUGCUUUGUUUUAUGAGCUGUAUAUUAAAUUUCUAAUUGUGAAAGGCUUGUUGAGACUUAAAUAAAUAAGUAAAUUUAAUCUGUUCCUA